AUGGAGCUGAGUCCACUCCCUGUGAUGCUCUUGCUGAUUUCACUUAUACCAGUGGCUCGUGCUCAAGCAAAACCCAAACCGACUGUGAGAGUGAAUCCUCAGAGCUCCGUCUACACUGGAGACGCCAUCACUCUGAGCUGUGAGCUGCAGCAGUCGACUGGAUGGGAGUUUCUCUGGUACAAAAAUGAUCAGCACUUACAACUUCUGCACAGUGAACAAGCACACACACUUAAAGUGACAGUCAUUAACGCAGGAGAAACAGUGUACCAGUGUCGUGUACGCAGGAGAAACUACUACUACUACACAGAGCUCAGUGAUCCUGUCAAGAUUACAGCGAGAGAGAGACCACGGGCAGUACUGAGUGUAUCCCCACAGAGCUGGGUAACUGAAGGAGACUCAGUGACUCUAAGCUGUGAGGUUACAGACUUCUCUACAGACUGGACAUUCAGCUGGUACACAGCUGUUCCCUACAGAGACGGUUUAACUCAAAUAAAAAUUAAUCGUGGCUAUAGCAUGUAUGUGGAGCUCCUCUCAGACAGCAGCAGAGGAUCUGGAGGCAACUACACUCUCAGUCCUGCUGCUCUUCAUCACACAGGAGUUUAUAUGUGCAGAGGAGAGAGAGGAGAACCAGCCAUUCACACACAGUACAGCAAUCCACAGCCACUAUGGAUCAGUGGUGAAUCUCCUCCAGUCUCUUUGAUCAUCAAUCCCAGCAGAACUCAACACUUUACUAAAGACUCUCUCUCACUGAGCUGUGAAGACCAGAGUAACUCUACUGGAUGGACAGUGAGACGAUACACACACAGUGAGGGAGUGUUAGAUUGUUCACGGUGGGGAUCAGUUACAGGAUCUACAUGUAAAAUCAGCUUCCUCUCCACAUCCCACACUGGAGUUUACUGGUGUGAGUCUAAAUCUGGAGAAAACAGUAAUCCUGUCAACAUCACAGUGCAUGAUGGUGAUGUGAUCCUGGAGAGUCCUGUCCAUCCUGUGACUGAGGGACAUCCUCUGACUCUACACUGUUUAUAUCGCAACACAAAUUCCUCAAACCUCCGAGCUGAUUUCUAUAAAGAUGGAUCAGUUCUCCAGACACAGACUACAGGAGAGAUGAUCAUCCAAACUGUCUCAAAGUCAGAUGAAGGUUUCUACCACUGUAAACACCCAGAGAGAGGAGAGUCACUGAAAAGCUGGCUCUCAGUCAAAGGUCCAUCAUGUGUAGAAGCUCCAUUCUCAGUGCUCAUGCUGAUCAGUAGUGUAGUGACGGCCUCUCCGUAUCUGCUGGUGACCAUCAUUCUGCUGGUCAAAUGUUACAGAGCUCGAGCUCACACUGAUGAAGAGAGAAUUGAGAAUGCAGUCAUAGGAGUGAGCAAAGUUCAUCUAACAAAAAGACGAAGUGUUUAAUGUAAAAAUAAUUUCAUAAUUUAUUAUUCUUUAGGGCUUUGUGGGGUUUUUAAAAUAAUACUGAUUUGUCAUUUUAAUGUCAUGCUGUUAUUUGCUCAGCAUCUCAUAGACACCCUCGUUGUUCUGACUGGAUUUGUUUAGCUAAAGCCUGCAAACCUCCUCAUGAGGUGAAAGUUACCAUGUGUGUAGUUUCUAAUAAAGCUUACAGGCUGCUGAUGCAGUACAGAGUAAAAAUGAACAAAUAUUCUUUAAAAAUAUUUAUUGGUCAGGAGAAAAUUUUAUUGUUUUGUCUGAGGAUUGAGCUGUGCUUCUGGAAAAUAACAUCUGACAUUUGGGAAAUAAAUGUGUCUGGUGACCUGCACAUUAAAACCUCAAAACAUUUCAUCUAACUGUAAGGAGGUUUAAGCAAACACAGUAAUCUGUGCAAAAUGGUUGCUUUAAGUCCAGAAAAUAUAGAAUGAUACUCUAAUCUGUCAGUUGCUGGACCUCUGUUAAAUCACGCCAUGAAAGAUGGAUUGGUUUGUGAAAGGGAAAAGAAAAGCCCUAGAUGAGGUCACACACACAUCCCAGUCAGGUGCUGGUCAUCUGGUCAUUGAUAAGCUAAAUGCAGAAAAUAUGAUGAGGCAUAUCUUACUCUCGGCUUCACUGUUAAUGUGGUUGGUGAGGAGGAGAGACCUAUGUGUGUCCUAUGUCUUAAAAAUUAAGAAGACACAUUGAGACGAUACGUCCUAAUUAUGUUCAAAAGCCACUUUUUUUUUUAAAGAAAACUUGAUCAAUAUCAUGGGCAGCAUAGUCAUUUUGUAAAAGCCACUUCAGCAACAACUUCUGGCUUCGUACAAAAUUGUGUAUCGCGUUGCACAGUGCAAGAAAUCACACACGAUUGCAGAAGAGUUGAUUCUUCCUGCUGCCAUAGAUAUGGUGUCAGUUAUGCUUGAUGAGGCAAGUGUAACAAAAUUAAAGACUAUCCCCGUGUCUAAUGACACCAUAUCAAGACUAAUUUUUGAUAAUGCAAAUGACUUGGACGAACAGCUCCAAUAAAAGGGAAAAGCUUUGCGCUUCAAGUUGACGAGGCCACUGACGGUACCAAGGACAGUUUGUUAACAGCGUAUGUGUGUUUCAUGCACUAUGUGCACCCGAUCUAGUUCUUUUCAAUGCAACACAACUGUAAUUUCAAAAAUUUUUAAAUUUGUAAUUUCAGUUAAAAAAUUAUUCAAUUUUCAUGACUUUUAGUGAAAGUAAUUGGAGGGGUUUAAAGGGGGCAGGACCAAAAAAGUUUGAGAAGCACUGGUAUAUGGUAUAAACUGCAUUAUUUCAGAAUGAAAAUGUGCAGUGUAAUAUUUUCCAGUGUAGGUUGUAUUUUCUGUAUAGAUGACUACAGUCAGAGUGUUUGGUGAAAAGCCCAGUGUUACUGGAGUUAAAGUAAGUGAGGCUUUGUAUGUAUGCAAUAUAAAAACAAGUUUAUUGACUGUUAUCUGAAAUAUGGUGGGAACUAAUAUUGUGUUUUGUGUCUUCUCAGUAUUAGUUCUACCACUACUGUAUUUGUACUGCUAUGUUUUCUUCUAUUUCUGUGUGAGAUUAGCUCUAGUUGAAUUACGAGGAGUAGACUUCCAAUCUCCGUUAGACACUGUUGAUAGUUUUGUUUGAAUUUUCAGCUGUGUGAACUUUAAUUGUAGUUGUGUGAGGAGAUUUGUGGAUGAAAUGUUUUGAUCUA